AUGAGCGACAGACGCCCCUCCCGGAUGCUCCGCAAGUUCCUUGAAUACAAUGACUCGGCAGACACGCUAAGGCAGAACCAAACAGCAUCUGAUAAUUCUGCUGAAGAUGGCUGGCCUAGAGAUCCCUUUCAAAGAGAAUAUUGUUUUUUCUAUGGGACAUUAAUGGAUCCACAUACGCUCUCUCAAGUCUUGAACUCGUCAAAGCGACCCCCCGUCCUGCGUCAUGCUAGAGUGAUAGGGUUCGAAAUCAAGCUUUGGGGCCCGUACCCUGCCCUUCUUGGUGGAAAGCCACUCCGUUCAGUCGAUGGUAUGGCGUAUGAAAUCUUGUCGCAGACGCAACUUGAUCGACUCGCGGCCUAUGAGACGGACAAAUAUCAGCUAAGACCUUGCUUGAUUGACCUGCUGAAUGAUGAUGAUAGCAUCGAAGAGACUGUUGAAGGGGUUACUUUCAUGUGGAAUGGACAACGGGAUGAACUACGGGAAGGCACGUUUGACCUGAAGCGAUGGAAAAAAGAGAAGCAGUUGGGAGAUUUGGAUUGA